AUGGCUGCAGAUCUGUCAUCCAGUUCUGAUAGUUUAACUUUAACGAGUUCAAGUUCAGAUGUUUUCAACGACAAUGAGAUAAUCACUAACUCGUCUGACGAAUUUGAAAUAUCUUCCUCAAACGAAGAAACUGAAUAUGAUAUAUUGUUUUCAUUAUAUCAACUUCUUAUGCAUGGAAAAAGACGUAGCAAAGUUCAAGGCUUUCUCGAUACUGUCCAUUUAUAUAGUGAUGCUACAUUCAAGGAGCACUUUAGAUUACAGCGACAUACAGCAUAUCUUCAAAUAGACAUACUGCGGCAAAGUAGUUUUAUCCCAUCUCAUUCUUCUGGUAUGCGUAAAAUCUCUGCUGAGUGGAGUUUUCUUAUAUUUCUGUGGUAUAUUGCAAAUACUGAGCCAUUACGAACUAUGGGAGAUAGAUUUAAUGUAUCUAUAUCUUCGAUUUUUCGUGUAAUACGUCGAAUCGUGGAAUGGUUACUAUCAAGACUGGACGAAGAGAUAAAAUGGCCAGAGGGGAAUAACACUAUCCUCAUGACUUCCCAAAACUUCGAAGCAAAACGAGGUAUAAAAAAGUGUAUCGGAGCAAUCGACUGUACGCAUAUCGCAAUUCGACAGCCUGUUGAUCAUCCUAGAGACUAUUGCAAUCGGAAAAGGUUUUUUUCUAUCAUAUUACAAGGUGUUGUAGACGCAGAUAUGAAGUUUACAAAUAUUUACUGUGGAGAACCAGGUUCAUUGCACGAUGCACGUGUUUUAAGAAGAUCGUUACUCUAUGAUACUGCUCAAAAUGACAUGGAAAACAUUUUUCCCAAUGGAAUGUGCAUAAUAGGAGAUUCAGCUUAUCCAUCGCUACCAUGGCUUGUACCACCUUUUAGAGACAACGGACAUUUAACUGCACAACAAUCGGAAUUCAAUUUCUUGCAUUCUUCAACACGAAUAGUAGUAGAGAGAGCGUUUGGGUACUUGAAAGGACGUUUCCGUCGUUUAAAAUUUUUAGAAUUACUUGAUAUUGAAUUUAUACCAAAAUUAAUAACAGCCAUUUGUAUUAUGCAUAACAUUGUUAUAAAGGCAAAUGAAGAAAACGAAUUCUUUGAAAAUGCUAUUAUUGACUUUCUUGAAGAUAAUGACGCGAUUGACAAUAAUGAAAUUUACAAUUUACAACAUGUUAAUGGACAUAGAAACGAAAUAGAUCGAAGAAUGCAGAUGUUUCGCGAGCUGUUUCCUGAUUAGUUCUAAAGAUUUACAUAUUUUAUAAUUUUUCUACUUUUUAGUUUUAAAAUA